CAACGUAAAGACGUUGUUACAGCAUGCGGCUUGUUUUGUUGAUACUCGCACUCGCAACAGCGUGCCUGGCGUAUUGCCCUAACCCUGAUACCUCUGGAUUUAGAAACGGCGAGUGGCAACCCAAUAAUGUUCUAAUAAAAAUGUUUAACUUCUUUUACGACAGUAUAGCUCUAACUACAGCGGACACUUGUUCAUCACAGAAGCGUUUCAUAUCACUGUACGUGUUAGCUAAGACGUACUUUUUGUCGUCCAAUGAUACGAACUAUGAGCGAGCUAUCGCCGAGGGAAGGCGUAAAGCGGAAAAACACCUUAAGCAAACGUCCGCUGCGAUUGCAGGGCCCUUCCGAGGACUUGUCGACAGCUUCCUCUCUAUCAUUGAUCAGCCUGUGAACGAUGUGCUAGCUAGCUGCAAACCGGAUACCUAUCAAGAUGAUUGCAGAGCUAAUCUCGAUGACUACCGAGCGAGAUUAGAAAAAGAAUGUAAAGGUUACCAUAACAACGUAGCAGUCCAUAGUCGUCUUACCAAAUGGGCUAACAGACAAGAUGCUAUCGAUCAUAUAGAAGAUCUCGUACACGCCAGUAACACAAUGAGGGGUGAUAAUGCAGUUUUAGACUACUUCCAGAAAACUUCUGCUAUGAAAUACAAAGACGCCUUAAAGGAACUUCAAGGUAUAGUGCAGCAAGUGAAGCAUGGUGUCUUCAAUUGUAAUGCUUUUUCGUUCGUUAACAUUCAUUGCUUAUAG